AUGAUACAUUUAAAAUAUUUUAGUGUGCUGGUUGAAAAAUUAGAUAAGCGUAUUUCCAACUGGAAGAACAGGCUUAUUUCUUUUGCAGGUCGGUUACAGCUUAUUGUGUCGGUUCUAUCCUCUAUGCAUAUUUAUUGGUCUUCGGUAUUUAUUUUACCGGCUAGGGUGAUUCACGACCUAGAAGCUAGAAUGAGAAAUUUUCUGUGGAGUCAAGAUAAUUCGUUUAAAAAAGGGAGGGCAAAGGUGUCCUGGAAAUCGGUUUGCACUCCGAAGUAUGAAGGGGGAUUGGGUAUUAGGCGUAUUGGUGAUUUUAACAAAGCGCUCAUGGCAAAUCAUGUUUGGGGCAUCCUCACUAAACGUAAAUCUCUCUGGGUGGAAUGGGUGCAUGACUACAAGUUAAAAGGAAAAAGUUUCUGGAUGGUAAAGGUUCCUACGAAUUGCUGCUGGAGCUGGCGUAAAAUUCUCCAACUUCGGCCAAUAAUAAGGAACUAUAUUUGGACGUCUCUUGGGGAUGGUAGAUCAACAUCAGCUUGGUAUGACACCUGGGGUGCUUUAGGGCCUUUAGGUACUUUUCUUUCCCCUAGAACGAUAACAAAUGCGGGAUUCCGGUUGGAUAGUUCAGUGGCCGAUAUUAAUAUUGAGGGUGUUUGGCAAUGGCCCACGGCCUGGAGGGAUAUUUAUCCCGUUCUUAACCAGUUGGAUCUUAUUCAGCCGAAUGUUCAUAAGACGGACAGUGUUAAAUGGUGUGUGGGUGAUGUGAUUCAUGAGGUUUCGGCUUCGUGCAUUUGGGAUUCUCUUCGGUAUUGUGAUCCGGAGGUCAACUGGACGAAAAUAGUUUGGUGUGGAAUGUCAAAGUGGGAGGAUAUCGUCGGAAGGCUUCAGCUCAAAUGCCACUCGAAGAUGGUAGAUGAUUAUGUGAGUAGACUUGUAGUGGCAGCUUCUGCUUAUCUUAUUUGGCAGGAACGUAAUGCAAGGAUUUUCAAGAAUCAACUACGACCGCCGGAAAAGCUCUAUGAUUUAAUAAUCGAGACUGUUCGGUAUAAGCUUAUGGGAGUCAAGUUGAAGCGGAAUGAUAGAGUGCGAAGACUCUUAGGAGAAUGGGGGAUUCCAGAUGCGGAUACUAAUGGUGAUGGCGAUUGA